AGAAGGCGUCGAUGUCUAAGUCUCUGAUCAGGCGACCUCACUGGUUCCUCUUUUAAGAAAAUUCCCACAUAACUACACUUGAUUUGAUUACUCAUUUUUCUAACUGUUAACUUUUUUGAUUAUCAACUGUUCUUCGUCUGCUUCCGUGUCACACAAAAAAUGAAAAACUUGCGAGUUUUUGGAAGAAUUCACAAUGCCAGAAGAAACUAUUCACCUUUACCAGUUGAUCCUUUAUUACGGUUUAAAACAAUCAGUCAAACACAAAAAGCUCCUCGAGUUUUAAUCACUGGAUCUCUUGGGCAGCUUGGAAGAGGUUUAAAUUCAGUCUACAAGUACAUGUAUGGAUCUGAAUGCGUUGUUAUGAGUGAUAUUGUUCGUCUUCCUGCAAAUGCUACAGAUGUUUCCGACUACAAUUACCUGGAUAUUUUGAAUCAAGGAUCUAUUGAAGAAAUCGUUGUUAACAAAAACAUCGACACAAUUGUUCAUUUCUCUGCACUUCUAUCAGCUGUUGGAGAAACAAAUGUUCCGUUGGCUCUGCAAGUGAAUUGUAGAGGAGUUGAGAACAUUUUGCAAGUUGCUGCAAAACAUAAGCUAAAAGUGUUCAUUCCAUCCACAAUUGGAGCUUUUGGACCAACAACUCCAAGAGAAAACACUCCAGAUCUUACAGUACAAUGUCCUACAACCAUUUAUGGAGUCAGUAAAGUAUAUGCAGAACGUCUCGGAGAAUAUUUCAAUCAUCGGUUUGGGGUUGAUUUCAGAAGCAUGAGAUUCCCGGGUAUUAUCUCAGCGACAAAGCCAGGUGGUGGAACUACUGACUACGCAAUCCAAAUUUUCUACGACGCUCUUCAAAAAGGCAAGCACACCUGCUACCUUCGACCAGACACACGUCUUCCAAUGAUGUACGACACUGAUUGUAUGGCUUCAGUCAUUCAACUUUUGGCUGCUGACAGUCAAUCAUUGAAGAGGCGAACAUACAAUGUAACGGGAUUCUCAUUCACACCAGAGGAAAUUGCUGAUGCAAUUCGAAGAGUGAUGCCAGGUUUCGAGAUUGAUUACGAUAUCUGUCCAACAAGGCAGUCUAUUGCCGAUUCAUGGCCUAUGUCAUUGGAUGACAGUGAAGCACGUAAGGAUUGGGGAUGGAAUCCAGAAUAUGGUCUCGAUGAAACUGUUCAAGUGAUGUUCGCAUUGCUGCGAAGAGAAGAAGACAAACCUACAAAGAUUGUCAGUACUGCAUAAAAACUGGUUAUUUAGGCAUUAAUAAAUCAUUUGAUCUACUUGUUGCAAAAAUAAAAGU